AUGCCAAGAAACCAGAGAAUCAACAGCAUCACCAGCCGGGACUCAUUUCGUCUCAACUCUCGCAGACGAUCCCGGACAGCCUCAAUUCUGAGAAGACGCUCUCCUAAAGUCGCUUGUCGAUGCUUUGCCGGACAAAUUCAUAUCAAGAUCUUUCUAAUUGGAGUUCAAGUGUUGUUCCUUGCUGUUGGGUGCGCGGGCCUCUUGCUUACAUCGGCAUCUUUCGAUACAAUUCUUUUUGCGACAAAUCACACGGCAUCAAAUGGGACGGCUUAUGCUAAACCAGCUCUUUAUAGAAGUCUCAUUUCAACAUAUUCAAUGAAUUUGGUGAUAAGUGUGGUUAGUUGUGCAAGUGGUCUGUACUUGAUGAAGAAAUUCGAACUAAGGGAGAGAACUGAAGAGGGUCGAAUGAAGCUUCCAAUUUGCGUCCCCUCUUUGCUACUUUUGCCGCUGUUGUUUUCCGAGAUAAUUCUGCUGGCUCCUUUUGCGAUGUGGGCAUCGUUUACAAUUCGAAUGCAACUACGAGAGUUUCUGGCUUCUGACAGCACUUUCAUGGCGGCUAUAGAUGCAAUUCGAUUUGCACUCGUACCGAUAAUUGUUGUUUGGACUCUUUUAUGUUAUAUCAUCUACAACACAUUUGUCUCGUACACUUUUGUUUGGCGACAGACAUCAAGGACCGUCACUUUUUCUCAAAGUUUAUUCAACGUUCAAGGAGCCGACGAAGAACCGACAAUGAAUUGCUCAAUUCAAGACUUUCCACCACCCUCUACGGCAUUUGUAAAACGUUCACCGACAAGCCCUGCUCGAGCAUCACACAAACUUCACAACAGUCUUGACACUGCGCACGCUCGCAAAUUCCGCAACUUGAAAGAUAUGAAUAUAUCGUUGGAGUCGGUUGAUGAAACGGUUGAAUCACCCUUGGCCAGGGACAUGAAAUUAUUAUCGCCAUCUAGAAAUGGGCGCUUAAACUCGUCGUUUUCAUCGUUGAAUAUUUUACCAACUGUGCAUGAAAGUCAAGAGCCUUCGUCACCUCCACAGGCGCGCAACAAAGAGCAUGAAGAAACUGUUGAGCUGCGUCGGAUAGACCCAACGCUUGAAGGAAAAGAAAACGAACCCAUUUCA